AUGAACCGCCCCCCUCACUCCCCAUUCAACACCCACACCACCAAGCAACCCUCUCUGCGCAAGACCAUGUCCAUCACGCAGACCUACUACCUCGCCCACAAGGCCCGGGCCAAGCUGUCCACCGAGGCCGCCCGCGCCGAUCAUGACCUCCGCCUUCUCGUCGGACACGCCAACCUCCUCGACAGCCUGAUGCUCGACCUCGCCGAUGCCGAGCGUGAGCAGGAGUCGUGGUUCAACCAGUCCGUCCGCGGCGCACAGGAGGAGAAGAAGGACCGCCACGUCCAAUGGGCCGACUCGAUUGUCGAGGACCCCGAGGAGGACUGGAACGCCGACGACGCCUCCUCCACAUCCUCUUCUGACGAGUCCGAGUCCGACUCGGAAGAUGAGUACGACAGCGACGAGGAGGACGACAUUGAGAUGGCCGACGUCAUGAGCCUCCGCCGCAUCUCCUCCACCACCAAGCAGAUCCCCAUCCUCGCUGUCGAAGAGGACGAGGACGAUAUGGAAGAGGACGACCUUGAGGAGGACUACGCUCAGCUCGAGCUCGUCCGCACCUCUUCUCACUCCAACUCCCCGCCCGACCUGGCUCACGACUCAGACUACUCUUCGGACGACGACGACGCCAUGCCCCCUUCGCCUCCCAACACCAUCCUCACCUUCUCUGAGAAGGACGCCAAGCAGGAGCCCACCAGCGAACAGCAACAACAACAACAAGACAACCUCUACUCUGAGGGCUUCUACCUCCCCAGGAGGAACCCAGCCCGCCUCGUGUCCGCCAUCUCCGUGUACUAG